GGGUUCAUUCAUACAUAAUGGUUUCCUUUAGUUGUGAGGUGUGUAACGAUACAGUCAUUAAGAAAAAGCUUGCACAACAUCAGCAAAGAUGCAGAGGUGCGUACUUUACUUGUAUUGACUGUAACGUCACGUUCUACAACAAUGAUCACAAUGCACAUACCUCUUGUAUAACUGAGGCCGAGAAGUACGAGAAGGCUUUGUAUAAGGGCAAGAAGCUGCAAAAGCCUCUUGAGAAAAGGGAGGCCCCUUCGAGCCUGAUGAAGGAAGAGAAGCCAAAGAAGGAAGAGAAGCCAAAGAAGGAAGAAAAGCCAAAGAAGGAAGAAAAGCCAAAGAAAGAGAAAUCCAAAAAAGCAGGGAAACCCAAGGCCGAGCACAAGAAACACAUCAACUCGAGUGUCGACGCUCUCAGUAGCUCUCUUAAAGUGAACAAGCCGAUUAGCUUCAAAAAAGCCAUCAAGGACCUCACUAAAGUCCAACAAAAAGAAUUACUCAAGCAGUUGCAUAUUGUCAAAAAUGCUGAUGACUCCGUCAGCUUACACUUUUAGAUAUAUACAUCAUAAUACAUAGCAUCCGUAUAACGUCUCUCCAUUCAUCGUGUUGCAAUCUUGUUCAAUGCCUUGUUCAUCUUCGAGUAGAACUGACUUAGAGUGUGGUAGGGAAAUGUCAAAUUGUCACAAAAGUAGUCUGGUAAAUACUUUUUCAACACGUCUUUAUCAUUAUUAUCGAUCUUGAGAAACGAUGGAAUAUAGUUCACCUCGGUGGCUGAAGAAAACUUCUUGACUAUCACCAAUCGAUACUCCAUACUGAGCUUGUCCACCCGGUCGACUGUGCUGGUCUGAAGGAGAUCAAAGUAAAAUUUAUGAUCGUCCAGCUCAUGGUUCAUCACCUUCAACCCCGUCAAAAGCUGGAGCAUAUCCAAUAUUACACCCACCGUAUUCAAUUCCUUCGUUAUAUCGUCUCGGUUGAUUAUCUCUUCAUUAAGAUUCUUCCUCUUCCUUAUAGGCGAAAUAAAUAAGUCUUCACUGCUGUUAGACUCAGGCUUGGUAGUGUCACUUACGGUGCCCUUCUGCAACUCAGCAAUUAAAGCGUCCUUGUCUUUGAUUUCUUGCUGAAGUUUCAAGAUAGCAAGCUCGUCUUCCUCUAUUUUAAGUUUACUCUUCAACUUAUAUGUAGUGAAUAUUUCGUCUUGAGCAGUUCCAGUAAGAUGGUUGAUGAGACCAAUGAGUUCUCCAUUGUCAUGAGCAGUAAUAAUCUCUUGGUGGGUAAUUUUGUCUAACCGGAUUGCAGUUGAGCUGGCAACACGCGUUUUCCCCGGUGUGAUGGCUUUUUUGGCUGUAAUUGGACUUGAUCUGCCCUUUGUUUUACCAUUUGGGGUGCUGACUUUCGUUACUUUAUUUGUAGGUUUGGUGGGUGUUUUGGCCUUUAUUGACGUGGAACUGGCGGCCAGCAGUGGCCUGGAACUAGGUUCGGGGUCGGAGGUCAACUCUUUCCGCGAACUGGCUCUUUUUUUAUCGGGUCCUCUUGUUUGCACCA